UCAGGUGCAUUCGGUAACCCAAAUGGCACAGUGACAACACUCACUUCCAAAUUUUAAUUCCAUUGGAGUGAAAGAUCAGAAGGUCGUGACACAGAUCGCUAGAAUUUCCAGUACGAGACAAUCAGUUAAGCGAGUUUAUGACACCGUCUGCGCAAUCGAGGAGUCAGUUCUCAAGCAGACAUGUCGGAGGUUAAGUUUGGAUUUAACGCCCGCGAUAUCAUUCGCGAAGGUCACGUGGCCGAAGACGAUCUUCGGACUUUGAGGGACUGGCUGAGUAGUACGGAUUUGCCGAAAUUGAACGAUGAGCAGCUCGUCCUGUUCCUGAUCUCCACCAACAAUGACGUAGAGGUCUGCAAGGGAACCGUUGAGAACUACUUCAGGUGCAAAACGGCAGAGUGCGUCCUCUUCAGGGACCGCAACGUGCUCAACGAAGACUUGCGACGCAUCGCUGGCGUUGGGUACUUCGCAGUGCUGCCCGAACGCUACCAGGGUUCCUCGCUGUUCUUGUCGUCAUUUCAAGACACCAACUACCGAAACUUUGACACGCCUAGUUUCCUGAAGAUGAACUGUAUGGUCUUGGAGAGUGUACUUCAGGAUGAAAAUCCUCAAGAUUCAAUUUAUAUCAUUGAUGUCAGAGGGUUUAGCUUCAUGCACAUCUUCAAACUGAACCUUCAUGUAAUCCCAGUGUAUUUCAAUUACAUUCAAACGGCAAUACCGCUAAUAACUAAGAACCUUCACAUCCUCUACGCCAAUCGAGCUCUAUUCGCGGCAUUCAACAUAAUCAAACCGUGGUUGCAUAAAGAUCUGGCAACGAAGGUCGUUUUCCAUGCGGGCGACAACGGGAUGCGCGACUUUUACGAAAAAUGGAUACCGAAGAGGUACUUUCCGAAGGAGAUCGGCGGAGAUUUAGGCUCGAUAAAGGUCUACCACGAGAGGACGAUGCGAAAAGUCAGAGACCUGCAGCAUUACUUCGACGCCGAGGAGAAACAGCGGACCGGCCAUCGGUAGUUGGUUUUUCACACUUUGCUGCACCCUUGAUAGAAUGUUAAAUGUAUUGAAAAGAUCGAGGAUUUUAUUAAAUCACAGAGGGACGAA